AGAACAAAAAAUGAGCGCACGAAAGAAACCGUGGAUAAAAAGCGCUUUCAGUGAAUUAAAUUUGACGCAGACCACCGCCGUUUCGGAGGGCACACCAGCUAAGCGCACGAGAAGCACACCCCACGCGUCAACCAAAACUCAAAGGAAUCGAAAUGGGAAUUCAACGCCUACGCUUGCCGCCGCCUUAGUGGAUAUAACGGCAGAAGAUGAAGACGGAUGUGGGGACAACAGUGAGUCGCCGCCAACGGUUACCGAAAAAUGGAUGGAGAGUUUUGCCCCCACCAGCAGCGAGGAGCUGGCCGUGCAUCCGAAGAAGAUUGGCGAGCUGCGCGAUUGGCUGCGUCACUGCGAGGCCAUGCGUUGGAAAGUUCCCGCACAGAUAUGCCUCUUGACUGGACCAACAGGCGCUGGAAAGACAGCCACAUUACAGGUGCUCGCCAAGGAAUUUGGAUAUCAGCUGCAAGAGUGGAUCAAUCCUGUGGACUGUGAGGUUAUUAAUACGCUGGGCGAUCAACCCAGUGGCGGCUCAUACCUGGGUUCGCAUCUGGAGGCCUUUAAGAGUUUUCUGCUGCGUGCCUCGCGUUACAAAUCCCUGCUGAAUGCGCAGAAUAAGCGACUUGUGCUGGUAGAGGACUUUCCAAAUGUACUGCUCAGUGACGCUGAGGCCAACUUUGACGAUUUGCUAGAAAAAUAUUCCAUCUAUGGCAAAUCCCCGUUGGUCUUCAUCGUAGCCGAUUCCAAGUCUCGGGGUCUGAACAUAAGCUACAAGCUAUUCCCGGACCAACUGAAAGCCAAACACCGCAUCAACCAUAUCAGCUUUAACUCGAUCGCAGCCACAAUUAUGCAAAAGUCGAUGAAGACAUUCUGUGCCAUCAUGCAGCAGAAGGGGAACAAGGCGUUGUAUAAAGUGCCUUCUUCAACAGUAGUCGACUCAAUAGUUGUCGGCGCCCAGGGCGACAUACGCAAUGCCCUGAUCAACCUACAUCUCAGCGCCCUGAAAGGAGUUCCCAACAUGCCCACCAAACAACUGAAUGUUAGCGUUACCAGCAAAGGACGCCAACGCAAAAUGCAGAGCACCCUGAAGUCGAUUGGACGCGACGAAUCCAUUACCCUGAUGCACGCAGUUGGUCGUGUGUUGAAUCCAAAGUGCAACGAGGAGAAGCGGUUGCAGCACAGCCCUGAGGUCUUGACCGAAGCCUUCUGCACCGAGCCUAGAAACUUUGUCAACUUCAUCCACGCCAAUUAUCUGCCGCAUUUCCGAGACAUUGAAGAUGUUUUGCCCGCCAUAAAUGACCUCUGUCUAUCAGAUUUCAUGCUCAAUGAGUAUCGUGACGAUGCCCUACCCGUAAUGGGUCUCAAUCUUGCCAUUCGCGGCACUAUGCUAGCCAACAAAGACCCCGUCAGCGGUUGGAUGCCCGUACGUGGUCCGAAGCGAAUCAAUGUGCUGCCUCCGGCCACAUUAGCGGAGCAGAAACUAUUGGGCAUUGGAUGUGCAGACACCUCAAAAGCUCUAUACGCCACAGAAUAUAAGUCCUUUGUGAAAUGCAUAGCCGCAAGAAGCCCUAAAGAGAUGCCAAUAGAAAAUGAACAAUCCAUAGAGGAUUAGAUUUCAGAACACAAUAGUUUUAAAUUUGUAAUAUUUACGUAUCGUUAAGUUAUUAUUUGCUAAAAAUGAAACGCAUUCCAUUUCCAAUAUAA